AAUCGAAAGCAAUUUUAGGAAUAUGCGUAAGUCGGAUGGAUCAUGGAAAUUUGACCUUUGCGAGUGAUCGGUGCAUCGAUUGGCGUCGAAUAAUGUGGAACCAAUAGCUUGACUCUGAUGGUCACGUGAAGUGCAGCGCUUGCUAUAAAAUCGGAUGGACGGCUGACCGAGAUAUUACUUCAGAACUGAAGAACCAGCCAGAAUGAGAACCACUGCGAUGUUCAUGGCUAUGUUACUUGGCCGCCUCUCUAUACCCGGGCUGAUAUGGGACAGGCGAGCGAAUUAUACUAAAACUGCACUCGAGAGGGUUAUUCAAAUCUGCAUGACUGAGAACGGGGUGGCGGACAUGGAUCUAAAUGACCUGUUUCGCCUAGAUAGGCCGAGUCUGCCAAAGACCAGACAAUCGAUCAAGUGUGCCGCCAAGUGCUUUUUCAUGGCAAACGGAAUAAUCGAUUCGACGGGAAAUAUAGUGGAAAAGGAUCAUUUGAACUUGUUUCACGCGGACAGCCCCGUCAAGGAUAAUCUCAAUGAGGCUGUGGAUAAAUGUACUAAGAACCGAAACUCAGAUCCCUGCGACAACGCCUACCAGGCCUUUCAAUGCUGGUAUUCUGCUUACACCAGAUCGGUUCUUUCGGACGACGAUGUGAACUCAAGCGAGUCAGUCAAUGUGACUAAUAUAUAAAAGCAUAAAUUACAGUAAGCAACAGAGCUGUCAUUGAGGAACUGCUGGGUCGUAGCAGAUUUAAAUUUAUGCUUGAAAUCGCAUUAGACUAAAUGAAAAUGUCGAGCCUAUGAAUAAUGUGGAAUUUUUAAAUAAUUUUAAAUAUUUUUUUUGUGUAUAAAAAAGCCGUCAUUCUGACAUUCCCGAAUGAACUAUUCGAUGAUAUAUGUAUGUAUAGGCAUCUCCGAUUUGUGUAAUACUAUUUUCUCCCAUUACGCUUUCCCAGAAUCUGUGGUCGCUUUUUUUGCAAAAUAUUCCAGCAAAUAUCUGCAAAAUGCCAGCAAUUUAAUUACUUCGCAGCGCCUUGGAAAAGGGCAGUGAAAGAGCACUCAUAAAAUCACAGCCGCGGGCAACAAUUUCAAUCGAAUUGUCGGGGUCGGGACGACACUCUUUGCUUUUCCCCAGCUCCAGCUAAAGGUCCAGCUCCGGGCCCUGCCUCAGCUCCCCCAGAUGCUGCUGAUGUUCCUGCACCAUUGUUGUUUUUGUUA